UCUCACGGUGGGACGGCAGUUGGGGGAUGAAGAGAUGAAAGUGUGACUGGCAGGAAAUUCGUGAAGCAGAGAAAAGAGAAAUGAACUGGUGUAGGUCUGAAGGAAAAGGAUGAAUCCAGAUCCCCAAAAUCAGAGGGAGGAAAAAGUCCAGGACCUCAGAGUCAAGAGGAAGAAGGAAACCAGAUCCCAGAGUCACAGGCAGGAGAGGAUCCAAUCACUGGGUCACAGGGAGAAGAGGACCCAACCUCAGAGUCAGAGAGAAGGGAGGGUCGGAAGGAGGGAGCCGGAUCCCCAGGUCAAAGGGAAGAGAUGGCCGAAACCCAGGUGUCGGAAGGAGGAGGUCGGAUCCCCGGAUCCCCAAGAGAAGGGGGCCAGGCCACCUCCCGGUUUGGGGCCGCGCGGGGGCGGGGCGCGGAAGGAUACGGACGAACCGUGCUACGCCACCCCGGCUAUAUCUGUCCUCAGUCCCGGGGGCCGCUUCAUUCCCCAUCCUCAGAUCACGAUUUCUCCUCACGCUACUGCUCCGCCACCUCCGCCCGCCAUAGCCCUGCCAUGGCUCUGUAGCCGUGACCUCUUUGUGCCCCCGGCCCGUCUCCGCGCUUACCGCGCCUGUGCUCUUCGCUCACACCUUCUUUCUUCCGCCGAGGCCGCCGCCUCUCCUUUCCACAGCCAUGGAGUCCUCCACUUUCGCCUUGGUGCCUGUCUUCACCCAGCUGAGAAACCACGAGAGUCCACUCCCAGCUGUUGGUGCAGCCUCCUCCAUUGCCAUCAGUGCCCAGCACCUGUGCUACAGCCAUGUCACUCUUGGCGACCCUGGGGCUGGAGCUGGACAAGGCCCUGCUCCCAGCUAGUGGUCUGGGCUGGCUCGUAGACUAUGGAAAACUCCCCCUGGCCCCUGCCCCCCUGGGCCCCUAUGAGGUCCUUGGGGGAGCCCUGGAGGGCGGGCUUCCAGGGGGGGGAGAGCCCCUGGCAGGUGAUGGCUUCUCUGACUGGAUGACUGAGCGAGUCGACUUUACAGCCCUCCUCCCUCUGGAGCCUCCCUUACCCCCAGGUGCCCUCCCUCCACCUUCCCCACCUCCACCUGACCUGGAAGCCAUGGCCUCCCUCCUCAAGAAAGAGCUGGAACAGAUAGAAGACUUCUUCCUUGAUGCCCCAGUCUUUCCACCACCCUCACCACCACCACCACCACCACCACCACCACCACUACCACUACCACCACCAGCACCAGCACCACCACCACCAGCCCCAGCACCAGUACCCUCCCUCCCCCUCUCCACCUUUGACCUCCCCCAGCCCUCUGCCCUGGAUACCCUUGACUUGCUGGCCAUCUACUGCCACAGUGAGGCUGGGCAGAGGGAUGUGGGGUUGGUGCCUAUGCCCCCACCACAGCAGCCCCCUCCUCCUCCACCUCCACCCACUCGCCUGGCACCCUACCCCAACCCUGCUACCACCCGAGGGGACCGCAAGCAAAAAAAGAGAGACCAGAACAAGUCAGCAGCUCUGAGGUACCGCCAGCGGAAGCGGGCAGAGGGUGAAGCCCUGGAGGGCGAGUGCCAGGGGCUGGAGGCAAGGAACCGGGAGCUGAGGGAGAGGGCCGAGUCAGUGGAGCGGGAGAUCCAGUACGUCAAGGACCUGCUCAUCGAAGUGUACAAGGCUCGGAGCCAGAGGACCCGCCACAGCUAGAAGGGUGGGGGCUUUGGGUUCCAGGAGAGCUGGUCUUCAGCUCUGCUCACUUCUGUGUCUAGCGCUGAGGUAGGACAGGUACCUCAGUCAUCCCCCUGCCUCCAGCUUCAUCCCAAAUGUCUCCCUCUCCCUCUUCUUGCUUUUAUUCAUAUUGCCUCUCUUGCCUGUUUCUCGAUUUUGCUCCCCAGAAUCAUGGAAUGUUUGGUCUUAGUCAACAUCUGUACCCCUAAAGUAACAGCUGAAGAGGUGAGGCCCACAGGGAGCAGGGGGAUCUCAGAAACCUGGUCUCUUGAAUUUCAAACCUGAUUUUUUGCAGGUGGUUCUUGGUGGGGGGUGGAGUAGGCAUAGGAUGGAAAAGGGAAGUGAGGCCAGGACUCCAUGCAGAGUGACUAUGCAAAUGAGAAUGUAAGUCAAGGAGGGUUUUGAGGAGGGAUCCCAUAUCAUGUGAGCAAAAAAGUAAGCCAGGCAACCCUAGGGUACUGUGAUUGGUGAGGGAGCCAAAAGGUGGCCAGGUUCAAAGAGCAGGUGGAGCUGCAGGUGAACAAGAGGGAAGGGGCAGGGUAGGGGUGGCCAUAGUUGGGACCAGGUGUUCAUUUUAGCUCUGGGAAGAAAUCAGUGUUUUGUGAAGG